CCUUUAAGAGCUGCCUAGCUACUAUCUCCCGAAAGGAGCCUCCAGCAUUCCUCCCCUUUAAUCUCAGUUUAUUGUUAGCACAGUGCUUGCCUUUAAUCCCUGCAGAGCUGAGCAGGAGAAUCAGAGAACAGAAGUUGCUUCAUUUGGGUCUUGGGGAACACUCAGCUUCAACACUGGAGAAGAUGGGCCGUAAACAAGAGGAGGAGGGCAGCUCCUGGAAGAAGCAAACCAACAAUAUCAGGAAAACAUUCAUUUUCAUGGAAGCGCUUGGAUCAGGAGCCUUUUCAGAAGUUUUUCUGGUGAAGCAAAGAGCUACUGGCAAGCUCUAUGCUUUAAAGUGCAUUAAAAAGUCACCAGUCACCCGGGAGAGCAACCUGGAAAAUGAAAUAGCCGUGCUGAAGAAAAUAAAGCAUGAAAACAUAGUAACUCUGGAAGACAUUUACGAAAGCUCAACCCACUAUUAUCUGGUCAUGCAGCUAGUGUCUGGAGGGGAAUUAUUUGACCGUAUUUUAGAACGAGGUGUAUACACUGAGAAAGAUGCAAGCAUUGUAAUUCGACAAGUCCUGGAAGCUGUGCAGUAUCUUCAUGAGAAUGGGAUAGUCCACCGAGAUCUGAAGCCUGAAAACCUGCUCUACCUAACUCCUGAGGAGGACUCCAAAAUCAUGAUCACUGACUUUGGCUUGUCUAAAAUGGAGCAGAAUGGCAUCAUGUCUACAGCAUGUGGAACACCAGGCUAUGUUGCUCCAGAAGUGCUAGAACAAAAGCCAUAUAGUAAAGCUGUGGAUUGCUGGUCAAUAGGAGUCAUUACUUACAUCCUCCUGUGUGGGUAUCCUCCUUUCUAUGAAGAGACAGAGUCCAAGCUGUUUGAAAAGAUCAAAGAAGGUUACUUUGAAUUUGAAUCUCCAUUUUGGGAUGAUAUUUCUGAAUCAGCCAAAGAUUUCAUCUGUCACUUGUUGGAGAAGAAUCCAAAUAAGAGGUUCACCUGUGAGAAAGCUCUCAGGCACCCCUGGAUUAAUGGCAACACAGCCCUCCACCGCGACAUAUACCCAUCUGUCAGUGCACAGAUCCAGAAAAAUUUUGCAAAAAGCAAGUGGAAGCAAGCGUUCAAUGCUGCAGCUGUUGUUCAUCAUAUGAAGAAACUCCAUAUGAAUUGCCACCAUGCAGACACCAAUGCUGGAAGCAGUCUCCCAGUCAUAGAAGUGCAAGAUGCAUCAAGACCUAAUAGUCCACCAGUCACCAGUAAGGAACAACCCAGACAAGAUGUCAGUACUUUGAUGCCUCUGUUACCAUUCCACAAUGUGUUAGAUCUUUCUGAUGAACAAGACAAAAUGGCAGACAGCACGUAUUUGAAGCACCUGGUUAGCAAGUCUCUCCCCAUGAAUGCCUGCACAGCUACGGCAGAAGAUCAGACCUCUCCAAACAGAUCUCCAUUUGACUGUUCUUCAACAUGCGGAACACAUGAGAAAGUGAAGCCAACCUUUUGUUCAGAGUCAGUGCUCUUCAAAAGAACUAUUAAGCCUCAUCACUUCAAAUCAGAGGUCCUUGUUCCAGGGAAAGCCAAUAACCACUCAUAUUUUGGCACUGGGCAAACUGGAGUUUGCUUGAUCAUGUGAUUGGAGAAACAGCCAUAUGAAUCACAUGCACGCUUUUACAGAAGGGCUUCAAAGGGCUUCUCUGUGCUUCAAAGUCAAACAUCAAUAGUGCAAAAAGAGAGAAGAGCCUAAAUUCUGCCCAGUGCAGCUGCAUUCUCAGAUGGCUGUGGCCAUUCACUGAAGAGGUGGACAUCCAGAGGCCUGACAAAUCUGAUGGUGCGAUUACCUUGAAACGUUAGAAGGGUCAUUUCAUUCAAACAGAGACACAUUUUUAUAGAAGAAAGAGAUGACAGGCUUCUGCUAACAGUUUCAGUGUAUUGAUUUACAUCCUUGCAAAAAAAAAACACCUUUGUUUCUUUUUUUCUUUUGGGGUGAAAGUAUGUUAUGUAUCUGUAGGUGUUCAGCAGAACAACAGAACAAUUGCAAGGUGUUUUCUUUUUAUUCUGAAUCCCUAUGGAAGUGAUGGUUGAAACUGAAAGUAACAUUUUCUGGUUUGUGUUGCUUUUUCAUCUAUGAUUUGAGAGCAAUCUGCCAAGCAUGGCUGCUGCCCAGUCAUUUUUUGCUUCAAUGGAACUUUACACAGGGCUUCUGCACAGUCCCACUGGAACAAGUAGAGAAGGCUACCCAGCUUCCCUGUUCUUGAUAUAGUUAACUGCUGCUUCCAAGUUAUUAACUGCAUAAGAAAUACUGUGCUUAAUAAAGCUCAUUGUUUUUCUAAUGCUUGCCAGUUAUUGAUAAUGGGCUCUUAAUUCACUCUGGAGAUCCCCCCCCCCCACUCCAGCUGUAAUGGCAGAUUUGUUUCCUAUAAUACUUUGUUUGCAAAGUGUGAUGCUGUCAGUAAAGCAGGUGGUGGCUAAUAAACCAGAUUCCUUGUUACAGUCAUUAGCCCUGAAGCCUGGGAUAUAUUUGUAUAGCUACUGUUUGUGAAAACACUAUUCAUUCCUGUUUGUGUAUAUUUCUUCUAAUCCCAAAUUCAGCUUCAACCCUGUUUUUCCUUGAAAGAAAAAUGCAAAAUAAACAUAUGUUCUCUAAAAAAAA